CCGAUUUCAGACUUUUGUAUAGACAGACAAGGGAAACUGCACUUUUAAGGUACACACAAAUCACCACAGCAGGACUAUCCCUACAGAAACCACCGUGCUUAAGUUUUAUUCUCUGCUUCUGUUUUUUCCGGCGUUAUGUGAAAGGGUAGAAGUUCUCGCAGUAGCUAAAUUAUCUCAGAGUCCAUCCCAAACUCGCUGUGAUGUCACUCCUACACCCUGCCAAGGCUACUGCAGUGUCUGCCGCUCCUGAACGCGAACUGUUCCUCACUCGCUUCUCAUAAAGUCCCAUCGAUCUGUUACACAGAUCCUAUGGAUCCUCGUGGGAGCGUGACGGUGGUGCUGAUAGGCAUUUCACAGAGUUAAGCAAGGUGACAGAAACGGGGUGAAAAACGCGACCUGUUUGGGGCAGAAUGCUGCGGAAGGAGGCACCUCGGUGCUACCAGGAGUUCAGUGAUGAGGACUGUGGACGAGCAUCUGUAUCUUACCAGCACAGUACAGAUGCUGCCCAGGAUCAAGAUGAAGCCAGCUGUGAUGCCACAGCAGAUGAAGAUGUCUUGGACAAUAAUCAAAUAUCAACUGCCUUCAACAAAGCUUGUGUGAAGAACGUCUUCACAGUGAUCCUUGUCCUCAUCUACCUUCUGCUAAGUGCAGUGGCUGUAUUUUUGGCCUACCAAACUAUUUCUGACUUCCUGGAGAAGCUCAGUCAUCCUGUGAUGUCAGUGUCCUACAAAGAGGUCGAGGAGUUUGCACCCCCGGGAAUUGCACUGUACCCAGGGAAGGCUCAGUUAUUAAGUUGUCAGCACCACUAUCAUGACUACAUUCCACCUGGUUUAACAGGCCAGAGUAAGGAGAAUGACUGUGUAAUAGAGCAAGUCAUUUAUAGUGACCCAUACGCCAACCAUACCAGACAUGCCUUGGUGGUUGAGGGUCCGACAGAUGUCCGAAACCGGGAGCUCAUAUUCCUCCAGUUCAGUCAAAAUGAAACCGAGGAGGACUUCAGUGCCAUCAGUUACAUGCUGUUUGCUCAAUUCAGUGAUAUGACUGAAAGUUCAGACAAGGCUGCAUUUAUGAGGGACUGUGAAAGGAAUUAUUCAAUGUGGACUUUCUCUGGUGGGUUUCGUACAUGGGUCAAAAUGUCUUUGGUCAGGACAUCUGGGAGAGGAAAUGAAUCUGUGGAAUUCAGGCAAGAGUCCAAUGUUGUGAAGUAUAACGACAGAAGGCCUCCACAAGAGCAAACGAAUGAGCUUUUCUUUGUCGUAUUCCAGUGGCGAGAUCCAUUCAUACAGCAAGUCAAAGAUAUAGUCACAGCAAACCCCUGGAACACAAUAGCCAUUCUGUGUGGUGUCUUCAUGGCUCUUUUUAAAGCAGCAGACUUUGCUAAACUCAGUAUUAAGUGGAUGAUCAAAAUUCGCAAAAGAUCCAGGAGGGCGAAAAUUAGGGAAAUGAACCAAAUCAGCUGAAAAGAAUGUCAGCCCCGACUGAGAACUGUAGUCAUCCGUUGUCAAACACUUUCAAUAUUAAGUGAAUGAAUUUUAACUUUGAAGGACUGAACUAUUUUAUACUUUUAUAAUGAACUUCAACACAAUUUUGAUUCUGCUUCACAUUUUGUUGGAUCAGUCUAUUUUACUUGACAGUGUGAAAUCACUACUGAAAUUGUAGAAUACGCUUAAUUGCAUGUAAAAAAUAAAGGGACAAGGUGUGCAAUCAUAAAGACAGAUGACUGGAAAAUUAAAUGUAACACUGAUCUUAA